AUGAAGUCUGUUACGGCUGUUCUCUUUCUCGGGAUUGCUGCCCUACUUUCUGUUGUCACCGCCGACCUCGAGUCGGCGGCGGCUCUUUAUCCCCAAUGUGGUCUGGACUGUACCAUGGCAGGCAUUGCCCAAUCCAAUUGCUCUGCGACGGAUCAGGCAUGUAUCUGCACCAAUAAGCAAUUGGCAGAGACUGUCACAGCAUGCGUGGCAAGCAAUUGUACCAUCAGGGAACAAUUGACUACCCAAAAUGUAUCUUUAACCGCCUGCGGUGCUCCGAUACGAGACAGAAGCAGCCUUGUCUCCGGCUUCGGAGUGGGAGGAGGAGCUGUCGCCCUCGUUGUCUUCGUGGUCCGCAUUUGCGCAAAAUUUAUUGUCCCUGCAGCCAGCAUUGGUUACGACGAUUUCAACAUCGCUGUGGCAAUGGUGAGAUCGAGAAAAAUUAUGCUGAUUUCGACUCCAGUUGCCAAUAACGGCUUUGGAAAAGAUAUCUGGACAAUUCCCUUUGACAGCAUCACACUCAUUCUCAAGAUUUAUUUCAUUGACGAGGUCCUUUAUAUCACCAUUAUUUCCACGACCAAGUUGGCUAUCCUCUGCUUUUACCUCCGAGUCUUUCCCGAGAAGAAUUUUCGUCGGGUAGCUUUUUGUACCAUGGCCAUGACCGUGGGGUACAUGAUUGCGUUUAUCCUCGUUUCCGUCUUCCAGUGUCGACCUGUGAGCUUAGCAUGGACGCACUGGGAUGGGGAACAUGAAGGUGUCUGCAAUAAUGUGAAUGCGCAGGGAUGGGCUGCCGCCGCCAUCAACAUUGCUCUCGAUCUUGUCAUCCUCAUCAUGCCGCUAAGACUGAUAUCCAAACUCAACCUACAUUGGAAGAAAAAGGUGCAGAUAAUGAUUAUGUUAAGCGUGGGAGGAUUUGUCACCAUUGUCAGCAUUCUGCGAUUAGAAACCCUCUUUCACUUUGCCACAUCGCCCAAUGUCUCGUGGGACGGUACAGCCUUUGGUUAUUGGUCCUGCAUUGAGAUGGAUGUUGGAGUCAUCUGCGCUUGCAUGCCGGCCCUAUACUCGUUGUUCAAAUAUUACUUCCCUCAGGUCUUUAGUGGAACAGUUCAAAGCAAAAGUACAGGAAAUGGCACUUCCGGUGGUCGGAGCGGAGCUAGGACUCCAGGAAUAGCAUUAGAGAGGCGCAAGGACGGUGGAGAGGACUUUGUUCGUCUGGUUGACCUCGAGAACGUGAAAGACGUUCGUCCGGGUAUUGCGUUGUAG